AUGAACCACUUUGAACGGGCCUCGGAUCUCUGCCCCAUAGAUCAUCCCUACCGCCCUGCGGUACUGUUCAAUCUAGCCAACGCAAAGUUUAUUAGAUGCCAAGCUAACGGAACAUACCUCGACCUCGACAUAUCUAUCUCUCUUUUUCAAGAGGCACUUGAUUUGCGUUCCAUUGGUCAUCCAGAUCGACCCAUCACCCAACUCCAUCUUGCCAUUGCUCUGUCUUCUCGCUUUGCGAAACGGGGAUUUCGGACGGAUGCUGAUGCAGCUAAAGAAGAUGAACCGCGUGCCUUAGAUGAAGUGAUAUCACUUUAUCAUGAUGCACUGGGAUACUACACCACCGGGCAUGCUUACCGAGGAGGAUUGCUAGGUAAUCUGGCUAUACUGCUGCAGACUCGCUUUAAGCGUCGAGGCAAUAACAAAGACUUGGAUCAGGCUAUCACACUUCUCAGGGAAGCGCUGGCCCUGCGCCCGGUCGGUCACCCAGAUCGGUCCAUAUCAUUAAAUAACCUUGCGAAUAAACUCUCCACCCGCUUUGAGCACCGGGGCAACGGCGAAGACUUGGACGAGGCUAUUACACUUAACACGGAAGUACUGACCUUGCGCCCGGUCGGUCACACAUAUCGGUUUAUGUCAUUAAAUGACCUCGCGAUUCGAUUUGCCAUCCGCUUUGAGCACCGAGGUAAUGACGAAGACUUGGAUGAGGCUAUCGCACUUCAAAGGGAAGGACUGGCCUUAUUCCCGGUCGGUCACACAGAUCGGUACAAGUGUUUGCAUAACCUUGCUAAUCACCUCUCCACCCGCUUUGAGCACUUUCUCGUUAUGCUCAACGACGAGCUCGGUCUUUCACCCUCGUUCAUAACUAUACCCUGGACUUAUCACCAAACUAUCUCUCGUCAUUCUCUCUUAUUUUCAUUCCUUCGCCCCAAAAGCAGUCAAAUACCCAACGUCCUAUCGCCUCGAGCCACGCAAUUCCCUUAUCGGACUCAACGUCAGCCUUAUAUAGUGGAGGACUGGAAUGGAACUGUAGAGGAAAUCCGCAAGAUCGAAGGCUUUUCUCGCUUCCUCCUUCCCCCCCUAUUCUCCGAUCUUCAAGAUGCAGCUCGUGGCGGGCCUAUCAUCGUGCUCAUUGCUAGCGAGUCAUCUUGCCAUGCCAUUAUCAUCCCGCACAAGCAACCUCCGACUAGCAUUCAACUCCCCACUGAUUUGCAGAAACUCGCCAAAUUGGUGCCCGCACUCCGAAAGGCAGUUGGAAAGGAGGCUGGUCCUAAAGGGAACCAACCAGCGCUGAUAAAAGCUUUGAGAGAGUUGUGGGACGUCGUCGUCUGCCCAGUGGUGGAGAAUCUGGACAGAUUUGCACCACGAGGUUCCCGAAUAUGGUGGUGCCCGACGUCUCUCUUCAAUUUCUUGCCGUUGCAUGCUGCUGGCGAGUACAGGGCAAAGGGAAAUUCCCUUUCGCGGCACUAUAUCUCUUCAUACACACCAUCACUUACCGCGCUAAUCAAGGCUCGCGGAAGUCAUGACAGGUACUCGUCGGUUCCCUUCGUUGCCAUUGGUCAGGAUUGCCCAGCCGGCGCCUCUUUCAUUUUGGAUGCUGUGGAGCCUGAGCUGGAAUUGGUGCGGAGGCUUUUGCCCCCUCCCCCCACUGUUUCCUUUACCAAGAUAACCAGUGUUGAUGCCAGGAAAUCGAGAGCACUGUGCUCAUUGCGAGACAAUACUUGGCUUCAUCUUGCAUGUCAUGGAACACAGAAAUUUGACGAACCAUUCAGGUCGGCCUUUCUUAUGCGCGACCAGCCGCUUUCGCUGCUCGACAUCACACAAACGGAUCUGUCUCGUCACGAAUUUGCAUUUCUUUCUGCCUGUGAAACCGCAGUCGGUACCUUUAGUACACCUGAUGAAGUGAUACAUCUAGCGGCUGGUCUGCAAUUUGCUGGGGUCAAGAGCGUCGUUGGGACAUUAUGGAAGGUUAACGAUAGUACUGUGCAGCGCUUGGUCGAAGCAUUCUACAAAAACUUUUGCGGGGAUGGCACGAUGAAUUCCAAACGAGCUGCCCGGGCGCUGCAUCAAGCAGUCCAGUCAUUGGCUUGUGACACGGACAUGCCCUUGGACCAGCGCAUAGUGUUCGUACACAUUGGUAUAUGAUAAAUUUCCAUCCAGUCAUUGCCACACGCAACUUGCUGCCAAGGACUUCGAUGUUCCAGACUUUGAGACUGUAUACCUACGGGAUAUGUACACCCAAUUUCAGCUUCAAUUUGUAUUUUGUAAUUUGUUACCUCGGAGCCAGAGGUUAUCGCCACUAAGAUGGUCGAUUUAUGGGUGACUCGUGAGAAUGAAGUUGCACGACGCGUAACACCUCGGUCCUCAUGGAAGUAAUAGUCGAAUGUCUGAAUCGCCAAAAUCCAAUACUUAAUAAGUACUUAUGAAGAGCUUGGAAGACAG